CAGAUAUAACUAAUAAAGCUUUUUGAGAAGUUCAGAAAGCAAAAUCAUGCCUUCAUUUCAAAUGACAGCCAUUGUUCUCCUCCUUGCUGUCAUGCUGGGAGGAUCCAAUGCUCAGCUUAGCCCCACGUUUUACUCCAACACAUGCCCUGAUGUGGUGAGCAUUGUACGUGGGGUGCUGGAGCAGGCUGUCCAAAACGACAUCCGAGUUGGUGCCAAAAUCAUUCGUGCUCAUUUCCACGAUUGCAUGGUCAAUGGUUGUGAUGGAUCACUUUUGCUAGAUGAUGAUGCUGCAAAUGGCAUCGUUAGUGAAAAGGACACGCCCCCCAACCAAACAAUCGAGGCAUUUCAAAUUGUUGAUGACAUUAAAACGGCACUAGAGAAUUCCUGUCCAGGAGUUGUAUCAUGUGCUGAUAUUUUGGCCCUUGGAUCUCAAAUUGGAGUUUCAUUGGCUGGAGGUCCAACGUGGCAAGUACCGCUAGGAAGAAGAGACAGUCGGACUGCAAACCAAGCUGGAACUUCUGGAAUCCCAUCUCCUUUUGACGACUUCGACGAGCUGCAGCGAAAAUUUAGAGACGUUGGACUUUAUUCUUAUAUGGCCGGUUGCUUAUCAGGUGCGCAUACAUUUGGUCGUGCUCGAUGCUCAACUUUCAGUCACCGCAUUGGCACAGACACGACCUUGGACCCAACAUUUUCUCAAGUACUUGGGCAAAUAUGUCCUGAAGGCGGGGACGGUGAUGUCUUAACAAAUCUUGAUUCAUCAACUGCUGAUGAUUUUGACAACAACUACUACACAAACCUCCAGAACAACCGCGGCCUUCUCCAAACUGAUCAGUCUUUGUUUUCAACCGCUGGUGCUAACACAGUGUCCAUUGUCAAUAGGUUCGCUAAUAGCCAAACUGACUUCUUUGAUACCUUCGUUCAAUCCAUGAUCAAUUUGGGCAACCUAAGCCCUUCGACAGGGAACAGUGGAGAGAUCAGGGCAAAUUGCAGAAGGAUCAAUUAGAAUGCUUCGGCAGAAUCAUGUUAUAUUGAGGGGAACUAAAGAUCUUCCAAUAUUUCAGUAAUUGUAUAAUAAGGGCACUGGAAUGUGUUGCCCAUUUUUAUGCCAUCAAAGUUGAAGCAAAGUCAAAGUUAAGUUCUUUAUUUUAA